AUGAGCUCGCAAGGCCAAAAGGUCUCAGAGGACCCGCUGGCCGAGCUCAUUACCACCUACGGCGAGCUCAACGGCGCCUUCAUCGAGGAGCUGGACGAGGAGCCGAGCCCUCUCGAGUUCAUGCGCUACGUUGCCCGCAACACGCCCUUCGUCGUUCGCGGUGCCGCAUCGUCAUGGCAGUCGAAUAAGACGUGGGAUAAGGAGUAUUUGUUGCGCAUGUUCAAAGACCAGACUGUCAAUGUAGCGGUGACACCGUUUGGCAAUGCCGACGCCCCAACCGACCAUGAAGGCAAUGUCGUUUUCGCAAAGCCGCAUGAGGAGGAUCAAGUUUUUGAAGAGUUUCUUAGCCAUGUUGUCAACCAAGAAAAGACCAACAACAGCACCUCGGAAGUCAGAUAUGCUCAAACACAAAACGACAACCUCCGCAACGAAUAUCUCCCCCUCUUCGCCCACGUGCCCCCCUCGAUCCCCUUCGCCCGCAUCGCCCUCGACCGCGACCCGGAUGCCAUAAACCUCUGGAUAGGCGCCUCCCGCUCCGUAACCGCCCUCCACAAGGACAACUACGAGAACAUCUACGUCCAAGUCCGUGGCCAGAAGCACUUUGCCCUCCUCCCGCCCUGUUGCUACCCCUGCGUCAACGAGGCGGCUCUCGCGCCCGCGACGUAUUCUCGCCGAGAGGAGGAUGGCGAGCUGGUGUUGAACCUUGACCGGGCCGAAGACGAUGAUGGCGGUGUCGAAUGGAGAGGAGGAGAAACAACACCGACGCCAGACACCAUCCCUUUUGCGACGUGGGACCCGGAUCAGCCGCAGGUCAACGCGACGCCAUACUCCCACCUCGCGGAGCCUGUCCGCGUCACGCUGGAACCCGGCGACAUGCUCUACCUCCCCGCCAUGUGGUACCACAAGGUUUCCCAGUCCUGCCCGGAAGGCGGGGAAGGCUUCGUUCUUGCUGUCAAUUACUGGUAUGACAUGGAAUUCAGCGGACCAUUAUACCCCCUCAGCACCUUUGUGAGGAACGUCAGUCUCCAAACAGCACCAGCAACUUCACAUGACUAA